CUACAUUAAUCAAUAUGCUCAACCUUCUUCUUGUUACAUUCUAGUUACGAUCCCUACUAUAUAUAUAUAUUUUUCCUUUAGAAAAAUAUAAUCAUGACAAGUGAGCAGCAAUCUGUCUUUUGUAACCAAAUACAUUCUACAUCAUUUGGUAAGAGUAACAUAGAUCAAACCCUAAUUCAACGACGAAAUGCUAAUUACAAGCCAAACAUUUGGAAGUAUGAUAUCCUCCAGUCACUUAAAAGCCAAUAUUCAGAAGGUAAGUACCAAAAAGAAGCCCAAAAGUUGAAAGAGGAAUUUUUGUGGGUUGUGGCAGAAAUAGAGAAUCCAUCGGCCAAAUUAGAGCUUAUAGAUAGCAUAAACAAAAUGGCCCUCUCUCAUCUCUUUGACAAGGAAAUCAUGGUGUUUCUACAAAACAUGGAAAAGCUCAAGGAUUCUGGCAAUGAAAUGGAUCUCUAUUCAACUGCUUUAUAUUUUAGGAUUUUUAGGCAGUAUGGCUAUAAUGUGACACAAGAUGUAUUCCUUAGCUAUAUGGAUGAAAUGGGUAAAAAAAUCAAGGUAGACACAAACAUGGAUCCAAAAACAAUGAUGCAACUAUUUGAAGCAUCUCACUUGGCCUUGAAGGAUGAAAAUAUGUUGGAGGAGGCUAGAAUAUUUUGCACUAACAAUUUGAAAAGUUGUAACAAUAUUAUUCCAAUGGAAAUGCCACUGCAUUGGAAGGUGGAAUGGUACAACACUAGAAAGCAUAUCUCCAAACAGGAAAACGAAAAAGAAGAAGGAGUGUCAAAAUUGAAGCUUCUUCAACUAGCUAAACUCAACUUCAAUAUGGUUCAAGCUGAGCAUCAGAAAGAUCUUGUCCAUAUUUUGAGGUGGUGGAGGAAUUUGGGACUGAUAGAAAAUGUAAGCUUCAGCAGAGAUCGAAUAGUCGAAAGCUUUUUGUGGUCAGUGGGUGUUGCUUUUUAGCCUCAACAUUCUAAUUUUAGGAAUUGGCUCACCAAAGCUAUCACUUUCAUUAUAGUAAUUGACGAUGUCUACGAUAUUUAUGGCACUUUGCAAAACCUACAACUAUUCACCGAUGCUGUUGUCAGAUGGGAUCCUAAGGUGGUUGAGCAAUUACCAUCAUGUAUGCAAAUCUGUUUUUGGAAACUAUAUGAUACCACAAAUGAUGUAGCUCUUGAAAUUCAACAACAAAAAGGCUGCAAAUUUCCAGUGUUAACAUAUCUACAAAAAGUGUGGGCAGAAUUUUGCAAAGCACUGCUUGUGGAAGCUAAAUGGGAUUCAAAGGGUUAUACACCAACAUUUAGUGAAUAUUUAGAUAAUGGAUGGAAAUCAUCAGGUGGCACUGUGCUAUCUCUUCAUGUUCUUCUUGGUUUGGCUCAAGAUUUCUCCCAAGUUGAUUAUUUUCUUGAAAAUGAACACGACCUUAUAUACUAUUCAUCCCUUAUAAUCAGGCUUAGAAACGACCUUGGGACUUCAAAGGCUGAAUUGGAAAGAGGUGAGGUGUCUUCAUCUAUCUUGUGUUACAUGAGGAAGGAAAAUGUUAAGGAGGAUGUAGCAAGGAGGCAUAUCGAAGAGAUGGUGAUAGAAACAUGGAAGAAAAUGAACAAACAUUGUUUUGAGAAUUCAUCACCAUUAGUUAAGUAUAUAAUGAAUAUUGCUCGUGUUACACACUUUAUAUAUCAAAAUGGAGAUGGAUUUGGUGUUCAAGAUAGAGAAACUCGACAACAAGUCUUAUCUUCUUUGGUUCAAUCACUUCCUCUCAAUUGAUCACAACAAGUAGUACGUACAUGCAAUUGGCAUAUCUUGAUUAUUAGAGACAGAGAGGAAAAAAAAAUAGUGGAUAUGUACUAAGUCCAUUUCUUUCCUUUUUUUUUUUUUUUGGUAAUAAAUCUUGAAAUUGAGCAGUUAA